CCUCGUGGGAGCGCGGAGGCUCGAGGCAAUCUUCACACCUGGCAGAGUGGAGCGCGUGAAGGAAACCUUUGAACUGCUACUUUAUUGUUUACAUUCUACUCCCUCUUUGCUAACUAUAGCUAUAACUUUAUUGUUUACAUUCUACUCCCUCUUUGCUAACUAUAGCUAUAACUUUAUUGUUUACAUUCUACUCCCUCUUUGCUAACUAUAGCUAUAACUUUAUUGUUUACAUUCUACUCCCUCUUUGCUAACUAUAGCUAUAACUUUAUUGUUUACAUUCUACUCCCUCUUUGCUAACUAUAGCUAUAACUUUAUUGUUUACAUUCUACUCCCUCUUUGCUAACUAUAGCUAUAACUUUAUUGUUUACAUUCUACUCCCUCUUUGCUAACUAUAGCUAACUUCUGCUAACUAGCUAAUAUCAGCUAGCUACAGUAGCUGAUACUAACUAUUUAUACAUACAUUAUUGCCCAUAGACAUCUUAUAAGUAGACGCACUAUUGGCUGCAGUGACGCGAGAAAUUGGGCCACCAUCUUGAAGUGGUGAUGAGGAGCCGGCGAGCAGCCUAAACUGACAGUUGACAGGUAGAAAACAAAGAUGGUGGGACAGAUUAAUUGGAAUUGAUUUGGAUAGUUAGUGUCAGCUGUCAUUGAGUGUAUUUUCUAUCACAAAAACAACAUGACUGCAAAUUGUUGGUUGCUUCUCUUGGACUGCCUUUUAUGUAUGCACACGCUCUAUGCGCAUACGUGUUGACGAGACAGGGUGAGUGACAGUCCUAAACACUUUUUUUUUUUUUUACAUAAACAUCCUUUUUAAUCAAAUAAACUAAUCGAUAAGAUUACUCGCUAACUAAAAUAACUGAUAGCUGCAGCCCUAAACUACAGUAUAAUGUUGCAUUCUGGUUCCCAUGUCUGCGAUUGUUGUGUCCUCAGUAAGUGGAAUAACCGGCAGCAAGCAGCGUGCAGGUAAGAAAAGUCUUUUUACUUCUUAAACGAGGCAAAAUAAACAAAGGGGCUUGCCGCUGGAAGUGCACGAGAAGCUUAAAGUACCAGAAGAGUGGAAAAACAAGUUGCCUCUGUAUUGAAACUAUUAGUAUAUAUAUAUAUGUAUUAUGAUACCUAAAUACUUCCAAAGUUUGUGAAUAAAUAGAUAUGAUCAAAAUAGUAUCAAACUCACAGAGAUUCCCGAGCCGUUUUGAGAGAUAGUGAGGAACCCCAUCAUGUGAUAGUGUGACGUAGAGUUAGGACCCGCAGAUCCCUUCCCCAUCAACAACAAUGCUAAUCAAGCAGACUUUGUGAAAGCCAACAACAAUUACUUUGUGCAAAAUUAUGGGCCGGAUACUUAUAUUGUUGAUCCUGAAUAUAAAGAGGAUGAGCUACAAGUUUUCGAAGCUCUACCAUGAAUUGAUUAACGUGGACCCCGACUUAAACAAGUUGAACAACUUAUUCGGGUGUUACCAUUUAGUGGUCAAUUGUAUGGAAUAUAUACUGUACUGUGCAAUCUACUAAUAAAAGUCUCAAUCAAUCAAUCAAUUUAAUUUUGUCAACACGCGUGUGUGCAAUUAAAAAAACAUCCAUGAUGUUUCCUGAACUGCGUGUGCUGAUUUUAAAGAUAAUGUACACGUCAUUGUUAUAAUAUCAUACAAUAAUAUUUCUACGUAAUGAUAUAUAAUAUAUUCCCACCAGGCACAAGACAUUAAAACAACGUUGAGAACUGAUUGAAUUAGGUCCUGACGUUGAGCAACUAAAACCUAAUGUUGAAACAACGUGCUUUUUGACCAUGUUUAAUCAAUGUUGGGUUCUGACGUUGAUUUGACCAUUGAAAUUUGGUCAUUUCUUAACCUACAUUGUGCCCAACUUUGGACAUCAACAUUGUCUCCAUCCAUCCAUCCAUUUUCCACCACUUACCACGUCCCUCUCAAUUUACAAAUACAACAAUUUUGCUUUGUUGUUUUAAAGGACACGUACGUAUAAUAAAUGUUGUAUCAAUGUCUUGUGCCUGCUGGGUUACUAUUAUGAUGCACACAGGUGUUUUUAUGCCCAACCAACUCAGUUGUUGCUGUUCUUUCAGGAUUUUAUUGAUUAUUUAUCGAUUGAUUUUAAGACCUUUUUAAACAACCAUUGUGGAUGGAGGUUUUUCUUAAACUCCCCAGUGGGAAAUGUGCUUUUUUUUAUUUUAACAUAUCUGUUUUUUGAUGUGGACAUACACCUAAUAUAAUUGCAAAAAUGCAAUGUCGGCAAAUAGAAGACAGCAUGAUGGCAUAGCUGUAAUAAUUGGAGAUCUGGGUUCGGAUCUUAGUUGGUUGAGUUACGUGUGGAGUUUGCAUGUUUGCAUACUUUUUUCGAAACGCCCCAAAAAAUGCUUGGUAGGCUAAUUGUAGACCCUAAGUCAGACCUGGGCAAAUUAAGGCCCGGGGGCCACAUGCGGCCCGUUAAGUUUUUCAAUCCGGCCCCCCGGACAUUCCCAAAUAACUUUUUUAGAUCUUCAAGAUGGAAAGUGUAGCUGCCAUUAUGAUGUGCAGUGAUGUUUUCUAAUGACCGUAAGUCUUGAACUAUACAAAGUAUUUCAAUGGUUGGAAUCUGAGCUUUUGCAUGAUAUACUAGUUACUAUGGUAAUCUAAUUAGUUACUAUGGUAAUCUAAAUCACAGCAGCUCAGACGAGGCACCAAGCAGUGUGGGUGGGAAGGAGAUUUUUACAACAAAGUUCUAAAGCUUAGUGAUGUAUCAGAUAUGUCAGAUUGGUGUGUUUAUAUAUUUCGCGUUCAUAUUUCGCUGUUUGUUGCAUUUUUUUGUGUUUCGCUUGAUUGUAAAAUAUGUGGAUGGAGAGGGGGUGUGACGUUCAUAUGCUGUCAAUAUUCAGUGUUUUAUCGUUCAUAGUUAAUAUUGUAAAUCCCACAUUCUUUAUUUUCAUGUACAUUCUGGGUGUCUCAUUCAGUACAGAAAUUUAAAAUUCCAUUCCGUUUUUUAAGGCAGUCUAUCAUAACGUUUUUAGCAUUCAGAUAUUAUUGUGAGGUUUUGUAUAAGCGUUCCUAAAAAUCAGAUAUACCGGCCCCCAGACACAUUUUUUUCUAUAAAUUUGGCCCCCGAGUCAAAAUAAUUGCCCAGGCCUGCCCUAAAUUGUCUACAGGUGUGGAUGUGAGUAUGAAUUACAUGGUCACCACCUCUCACCCAAAGUAAGCUGGAAUGAACCCUGACGAGGACAAGUGCCUUGGUUUUGUACACCCCAAAUUUUUAUACGAUUGUAAGGGAAUAAGCGGUAGAAAAUGGAUGGAUGGAUGGAUGAAUUUUUGACGAAAAAAUGUCCAAAAUUUCCCUGCUCAUUUAUUGUACGGCCGAAUUUCCGUGCAUCUUUCUUUGGAACAAAAAGCCCAAGUACAACGCAGAAUAAGCCACCGUGCGGCCAAAUAAAGUUGCGAGUGUCGUCAUUUGGAUAAAGAAGGUGAGAAACACUAUGGAACUCAAGCAAGAACUUUUGGCAAAGUACGAAGAUAGCGUCCAUAUGGCUAGGUCUUUGCCAGCAAGACUUUUCAGUAAAAGUGAUGUUAGUUUAUCCAUUUUUGGGGUCAUUUGUAUAUAUUUAGCAUGUGUGUAAAACUAUAAUUGUUCACAAUAAAAUAGGUUUUGUUUCAAUAUGUUUGGCUGUCUGCAACAGAUUCAUUGGAUUUGCAUGAUUUCUUAUAGGAAAAUGUAUUUAGUUUUUAUUCGAUUCGAUAGCCUUCUCAAUAGUUCUCUUACGUUCCCAUGCAGGAAGAAAACAAUAUUUAAUCCACCAUGAUAUUCAUAUUAUUUGUCUGUAAAAUUGUUAUAAGUACACCUCUGCAUAACAUUGUAUCCUUUAGCUGACGUGCUUUUUCUCUUAGACGUUUUAUGCACUGUUCCUGUUUGUGCGCCACACUUUAAAAACACCUACUUCCCAUCUUAUAUUGCUUUAUUGCACUGAAGCAUUUGGUCGUUUCAUUGGCCCCCCCCAGGAGCCCCUUCCUCUUCUUUUUUUUGUCUCCCCCUCACCAAAAAAGAUAUCUUACCUUAAAUAUGUGUUGAUGAGUAUACAUUAUGGCCUGCUUUAUCACUUGUUGCUUAUCUUGGGAAACAGGCCCAGCACAGAUAGAUGACCUGUGGGUUAUUGAUGGCUGCUCUAUUGUUGUGCUCGGAGUCCCACCGGUCAGAGUGUGGGAACCCCAGCGCGGCCCGAGACACAUGGCUUUGUUAUGCUAAUGUGCGUCUAUAAAAGUCGGAGCGGACGCUUUGCACGGACUUCACAGCCAGCGGAACUGUCCUGGAAGAAGCUUCUCUGUACCUGCUUGGAAAGACAUGGCUCCUUGCUCCUCCAGUGACUCCUUCAUGCAGCCUGCCAGGAUCUCAGAGAGAGACAACAUCAGAUUGAGAAAGCCCAUGGUGGAGAAACUGCGACGAGAUCGCAUCAACACCUGCAUCGAGCAGCUCAAGAUCAUCCUGGAGAAAGAGUUCCAACUACAAGAGCCCAACUCCAAGCUGGAGAAAGCAGACAUCCUGGAGAUGACCGUCAGCUUCCUGAGGCAGCAGCUGCACAAGCGGCAUCCUCAACAUCAUCAGUCCACCUCCAGCAGCGAUGGUGGCGACUUCAGGCAAGGCUACUCUCACUGCUGGAGGGACUCUCUGCACUUCCUCUCUGCCCAGCAGCAGAUGAUCCAGAAAGGCUCCUCUCCAGUGAGCUCCCCCAGCAGAGGAACCAGGCUGCAGGAGAGCGGCGUGUGGAGGCCUUGGUAGACUCACCUGAGGAGACCACCAGGACUUUUUGUGACAUAUGCAUUCCCACCUUGCUCCUUAACAUCAUAUUGAUGGACACCAAUAGUGACAGCUCUCCCUCAUUUUCUAUGUUUCUUCUUUGCAAUGACUGAGUCACCAUUUUACCGUUUUUUGUGUUUAAAAGAUGUUUUUGCGUGAUGAUGGUUUUUACUCCAGUGGAGUUUAUUGCCUUGCUGGAUGUAACAGUGUAUCUCUGCCAUAUCCUGUGUUGAGAAUAUUUCUCUCCUUAUUGUUGGAUGCCAAAUUAUGUGUAUGUAUGUAUGUAUGUAUGUAUGUAUGUAUGUGUGACGAUACCGGUAAUACCGUUUUUGCUAUGACAUUUACGCUCUUAAAAAAACAAAUUUUG